GCCGACACUUCCGAACUUCUCCAGGAUCUGUGAAGGUUGAUUCACCUUCAAAGAUUUUUUUCCUAAAUCCAGGAUGGGACUUUUUGUAGGUCCUGUCGUGGCGAUAGGCCUCCUUGCUCUGUGCGUCGCCUCGUCCUUCGAGAUCCAAGAAGGAUGUAGAGUGCGAGAACGCAUAGAGGAGGAAGACUUCUUGUUUGACUCGUUGGACUUCUUGGCCGCCUUCCCUCGCAAUCAGAUGGAUCUGAAAGUACUGGUGCAGUGCGGCGAGAGAAGUGAUCUCAUCCACAUCCGUUCACAUGGCAUAUCAUGGACCAAGAAACAGAAGGGAAAGGAAACGGUAGAGGUUGCUGGCAUUCCUCCCCCAUAUAACAUCACAGGCUGGGAAAGGUUCACCCUCUCCUUGAAGGACAAAUUAUCCCUCAAGGACAAGCAGAACCACUCGUGGGCGCCAUUCGACAUUCCCCUUUCGUGCCACUCACUGGAGAUCUCCAUCAUAGGCAAGCACCUCACCCGCCAGUGCUCGCCCCAAACGCCCAUGUGGGUGGUCCAGGGAAAGAAGGUCGACAUUCCUCUGAACGAAGGAAUCGAGGGAGUAAGAGAGGCCCUCACGCUCUUCUCUGUGCUGCCCUUCAGCCCUACAUUCAAUAUCUGCGACGCGAGCUUCCCUUUAGGACUCCGUGACCAAAAGCUGGUGACAGGAUCCAGGCCCUUGGAAGGCUCUGCAUACAGCCUUUUUCCUCAGUGUACUCCCUGACAACACGUUGAAGGUGGAGAGUGUGAGAGAGCUGUUGGUUUCGAACCUUAAGGCGACGCCCACGAGCAUGGGGAUUCGAGGCCGCGACGGAGACAGGUUCGUGGUGGUGCAACACCUUGUGUCUGGACGCGGCGCCGAUGAGACUGAGGACCCGAGGCAACCCGAUGCGAACGCCCGAGAGAAGGGAGACCUGUGCCAGAAACCAGAUGUCAUCACUUGGUCUCUCGCCGGCACUUUGGCCACUAUGAUUGUCGCCUUUCUCGUCCUUCUCAUUAUUUAUUAUCUAUCCAUAAGGACCAACAAGCGCGUCCGGAGCCUCAGGCGGGAACCAACGAGGCGCCAGAAGCCUGUGCCGUCCUACCUAGAGCCUCUGCCUGCCCCUGCUACUGCUGGCCCGAGGCAGACCCACGCCCACGCCGCCCUCCCUUUGCCCUGCGCCCCGUCGUCCAGCCCUGAGCACCUGUAUGAGAACCCAGACAAGGUGGGCGA